GCAUUUGUUAUAGAUUUAUUUUGGACAAACAAGAAAAUAAAGAAGAAUCAGACACAAUUACAGAUGAUGUCAAAUAUGAUAUUAAGAAUCCUGUAAUUAGCAAGCAAAGAGGUCGACUACUUGGAAGAGCAAAAAGUAGUACUGAAAUUGAAGAUCAACAUCCUAAAAAGAAGCAACACUUGCAAGCUUCAGAAAUUACUAAAAGACAUGAAGUGCAAGAGAAAGAUACUAGAAAAAC